ACGCAGGCAACUAGUCAGGUCUAGAAAAGUGGGUUACGCAGGCAGGCAGUUCCGCUCCGAGUGACCCGCGCGGGCCGACGCCGGAUGAUCCGUUUCUGAGUCUCGGCGCUGUUUGAUUAAGCUUUACACUGCUGGAUGAGGUGUUAGCACGUUGACCGAGGCACGAUGGUGGGAUUUCUGCGAGUCCGUUUGGUGGCGGCGGCGGCGAUGUCCGUACUCCUGCUCUUCCUGCAGGAUGCUGCGGCUUUCUAUCUUCCGGGUUUGGCUCCAGUCAGCUUCUGUGAAAAUUCUCAGGAGGCAAAAGACGCUCAGAGGGAAUGCCAGGAUAAAAUCGAGCUGUUUGUGAACAGACUGGAUUCGGUGGAGUCGGUUUUGCCGUAUGAAUACACAGCGUUUGACUUCUGCACUGUGGAUGCUGAAAAGCGGCCAUCGGAAAACUUGGGCCAGGUGCUUUUCGGAGAGAGAAUUGAGCCAUCGCCUUACAAGUUUUCGUUCAAGGUGAAAGAGACGUGUAAACACGUGUGCACCAAAAAGUACACCAAUAGUGCACAGGACAAAGCCAACCUGGAUUUUCUUAAGAAAGGCAUGCUCCUUAACUACCAGCAUCACUGGAUUGUGGAUAACAUGCCCGUGACCUGGUGCUACGACGUGGAGGACAACCAGAAAUUCUGUAACCCCGGAUUUCCUAUAGGGUGCUACGUCACGGAUACCGGCUUGGCCAAGGAUGCGUGCGUCGUCAACUCAGAGUUCAAUGACAAAGACACGUUCUACAUCUUCAACCACGUCGACAUCACUAUCUUUUACCACAACGUGGAGAAUGAGGCUCCUGACUCCAGACUGGUCGCUGCCAAGAUGGAGCCAAAGAGCUAUAAACAAACCAAUCCAGAUGCUCCAGACUGCACAGGGCCACCCAUGAAUCUUAAAAACAAGCACGAUGGAGAGAUCAGCAUCCCCUACACCUACAGUAUACAGUUCAAGGAGGAGCCGAACAUUCGUUGGGCCUCUCGGUGGGAUUAUAUUCUGGAGUCCAUGCCACACACCAACAUCCAAUGGUUUAGUAUAAUGAACUCCCUGGUCAUCGUGCUCUUCCUGUCUGGUAUGGUGGCUAUGAUCAUGCUGCGCACACUGCACAAAGACAUCGCCCGCUACAACCAGAUGGACUCAGUGGAGGAUGCUCAGGAGGAGUUUGGCUGGAAGCUGGUGCAUGGUGAUGUGUUUCGCCCACCACGUAAAGGAAUGCUCCUGUCCGUUUUCCUUGGGUCGGGCACGCAGAUCUUUAUCAUGACGUUUGUCACACUGUUUUUUGCGUGUCUAGGUUUCCUGUCCCCGGCUAAUCGUGGUGCACUGAUGACGUGCGCUGUGGUGCUUUGGGUGUUGCUGGGAACGCCGGCUGGUUACAUCGCUGCCCGAUUGUACAAGUCAUUCGGAGGUGAGAAGUGGAAGACCAACGUGCUGCUUACAUCAUUCCUCUGCCCCGGUGUGGUGUUUGCUGAUUUCUUCCUGAUGAAUCUGAUUCUGUGGGGCGAGGGCUCAUCAGCCGCCAUGCCCUUUGGUACUCUGGUGGCCAUCUUGGCUCUGUGGUUCUGCAUCUCUGUCCCUCUGACCUUUGUGGGAGCCUACUUUGGCUUUAAGAAAGCUGGCAUCGAACACCCCGUGCGCACCAAUCAGAUCCCUCGGCAGAUUCCAGAGCAAUCCUUUUACACCAAACCUCUCCCAGGCAUCGUGAUGGGUGGAAUCCUGCCCUUCGGAUGCAUCUUCAUUCAGCUGUUCUUCAUCCUUAAUAGCAUCUGGUCCCAUCAAAUGUACUACAUGUUUGGCUUCCUUUUCCUUGUCUUCAUCAUCCUGGUGAUCACUUGCUCUGAGGCCACCAUCCUGCUCUGCUACUUCCACCUUUGUGCUGAGGAUUACCACUGGCAGUGGCGCUCGUUCCUCACCAGCGGUUUCACAGCAGUGUAUUUCCUGGUGUACGCCGUGCACUACUUUUUCUCCAAGCUGCAGAUCACCGGGCUGGCCAGCACCAUCCUUUACUUUGGCUACACCAUGAUCAUGGCUUUGAUCUUCUUCCUCUUCACAGGAACGAUCGGAUUCUUUGCCUGUUUCUGGUUCGUGACCAAAAUCUACAGUGUGGUGAAGGUGGACUGAUUUCGACCAAUCAGAGCCUGGACUGUACUCGUCUCUGUAGGAGAGAUAAGAGCGCUGUCGUAGACGCCCCGGUGCCUGGGCUCACUAACAACUCAAACUAAGUUCUACAGAUCUUAAGCUUCCAUUGGAGUGUAUGUGUGUUUAAAAAAAAAAAAAGUGAUUUGUGUGUGAUUUCACACAUGCUUAUAAAAGAGCACUCGUUAUAAAUAGCAACAUGCUGCAACCCAGAACACACAAACCACAUCUUUUGUUUUGUUUUGUUUGUUUUUCUCUCCUUUCUUUCCCUUGAACAUUGAUUUCAAAUUGACAUUUGUAAAUAUCACACUUCUCCCUUUUCGCUAAUAUUAAAGUGCAUCAGGUGCAGGUGUAGGUAGCUGACAUGUGUUCCGGUGUUAGAAGUAUGAAUUUGUAAAUAUAUUCCUUUUUUUUCUCUCAAAUGCUAAAACCUGUUUAAAAAAGAGAGAGAAUGCAGUAAAGGAGCUGCAGCUUUCUUUGACUUUGUGAUGGGAGGGAAUGGGGUGAUUUCCUCGAAGUAAUUUGUGUGUGUGUGCUUUCAACCCACCAGCUUUCCUUGCUUUUUAUUUAUCUCAUCAUUUUUAAUUCGCACUGUUUGACUAUUGAUUUAUACCUCAGUGCUUUCUUUGUGCCUCAUCAUUUAGAGGAAAGAAUAAAGAUGUGCUUCACUGUAA